GAAAUUUGUAAGACUGGAUGUCAUGAACUGCUAUGUAUAUUAUGAUUUUUCAACACUAUUAAGGACUGAUGGUAGCAAUCCCCACCCGCUACAUUGUGUCUUUCAUGGCGUUCAUGGGGAUCGCUGUGCAGUACACACUCAAGGUCAACCUGUCAGUAGCCAUCGUGGCUAUGGUCAAGACCGAGACGGCUUCCACCUCUCAUAUGAUCACUGACGUGUAUCCAUACAGCAACGACACAGCAUCACAGAGUGAGCCAGCCAGUGGCGGGGAGCUGGAAUGGAAUGCGGCUGACCAGGCACAAGCUCUGUCCAGCUACUACUAUGGCUAUGUGGCUACACAGCUGUUAGGGGGCUGGGUCUCUGAGUGUUUCGGUGCACGAUAUGUGUGUGGGCCUGCUGUACUGGCUGCAGGGUUGCUCUCAUUAGCUGCACCGGCCGCUGCACGAGCGGGGCUGCCAGCCUUCAUUGUACUACGCAUCACAGUUGGAGCAGUCUCGGGUGUUGUAUUGCCUUCGGUCCACUGCUUAGUUGCAAAAUGGCUCACUCCAAAAGAAAGAACACAAUUAACAGGAUUAAUAUUUUCUGCUCCCAGUUUUGGAACCCUGAUUGCCAUGGCCAUUUCUGGCCUAUUGGUUGGAGCCAGUGAUUGGCCAAUGGCUUUCUACUUGUUUGGAGUAAUUGCAGUUAUCUGGUUUAUACCCUGGAUUUUUCUGAUUUAUGAUUCUCCUAGCCAACACCCACGUAUUUCUCAAAAAGAGAAGUUGCAUAUACUACAAGGACUUGGUGUAAAAGAAAAUACAGAAAAGGUGGCUGUACCAGUGCCAUGGGGCAAGCUGCUAACAUCAGUGCCUGUGUGGACAGCAAUACUGUUUCACUCUGGUACUGCCUGGGUUAUGUUCACAUUAUUGAGUGAACUACCAACAUAUCUGAAUACAGUGAUGCACUUGAGCCCUGAAAAGAGUGGGACAUUAUCAGCAGUGCCAUACCUCUUCGCAUGGAUUACUGGAAGCUUGUUUGGAUUCCUUUCACAAUGGCUGAGGGACGGAGGGUGGCUGUCUCAUCUAGCAGCAUACAAAGUUUUCAAUGGAAUUGGUAAAUACAGUGUGUUCUAUUAUUAG